AUAGUGUUUUUAUUCUGCAGCGUCGCCUCCUCGCUUCGUCUUGUUGCAAUUUAUUGGAAUACAUUUCCCAGACGCCAACGCAUCUCAUGUACGCUUUUCGUUGACAAGGAAUUACAAGCUCAUUACUGGUACCGGACUGCUAAUUAAAUUUAUGUAAAUAAAAUGACGGUUUUAUUAGUCAGUAUUAGCCAUUAGCUCUGCUAGCUAGCACCGAUUUGAAUGCUGCCGUCGUGUGACGAAAUGCUUAACUAGAAAGCUUGAAUACGCGUUUCAUUGAUUAAAAGAAAGAUUUGUAGUUCAACUAGAGUGGGAAUGUGAGUCGUGUACUUGUGUUGACAUUGAAAAGUGAUACCUGGUGCACCACAUGUGUCUAUGUUAACAAAGCAUCACAACAGUUGUAUGAGCCUUACUAUCAACCCGUUAUAAUAAAUGAUUAAGAAGUACCACCAAAUCAUUGGGCUUUAAUUUGAUUCAGAGAAAGUCUGGUCAUUUAAACAAGGUUUAACUUCCUAAUGGCAAAAGAAGAAUGGAGUUUCCAGGAGAGCAAAGCCAGAGACACUUCCACUCUUCGAAACAGGAAAGUCUGCCCUUCAACACAACAGACAUACCCGGUCACUCCUGUGUCAAAAGGCAAAAGCUUUCAAACAGCUGGACAUUUGUUAGAAGAUGACGCCCAGUCCUCAAAUGGAUCGGCUGCACCUUUAUCGAACAGAGGAAGAGAUGUUUUCCCAACUAAAGUGGGCCUGAUGCUGGUGGUUGGGCUGUCUUUUGCUACACGUCUGUAUAAAAUAUCAGAUCCCCCUCAUAUAUGCUGGGAUGAAACUCACUUUGGGAAGAUGGGAAGCUACUACAUCAACAGAACCUUCUUUUUUGAUGUCCACCCUCCUCUUGGAAAAAUGCUGAUUGGUCUCGCUGGUUUUAUUACUGGCUAUGAUGGCACAUUUCCUUUUGUAAAGCCAGGAGACAAAUAUGAACAUCACAAUUAUUGGGGGAUGAGAGGAUUUUGUGCCAUUUUAGGCUCCUUUCUCCCAGUCUUUGCCUACCUCACAGUGCAGGAGCUAUCUCAGUCUCACACUGCUGCUCUCAUCACUGCCACCCUGCUCAUAUUUGACACAGGUUGCAUCACCAUCUCCCAGUACAUCCUGUUAGACCCGAUCCUCAUGUUCUUCAUCAUGGGAGCCUUUCUGAGCAUGGUGAAGUUCAACCAGCAGAGGGUCUUUUCUGCACCCUGGUGGCUGUGGCUCCUGCUGUGUGGCGUCAAUCUUGCAGGUGCUCUCGGAGUGAAGUUUGUGGGUCUGUUUGUCAUCCUCCUGGUGGGGCUGAGCACAAUCCGGGACCUCUGGGAACUUUUGGGAGACCUGAAUCUUUCACCGCCCAGUCUGGUCCUCCUGAUUUGGUUCGUCAUGGUGACAUUAUUCGAUUGGAGCACAAAGAAACAACUCGUAACCUUCACAGUCACCUCCAUCAAGCUCCUCUGACCAAGAAACACUUCCAGGUUACAGGCUACGGAGCCAAUGGAACGGGGGACACAAACGAUCUGUGGCAGGUGGAAGUGUGCGGCGGUCGGAAAGGCGACCGGGUGAAAGUGCUGCGUAGCAAAGUUCGCUUUCUGCACAAAGCUACGGGCUGCGUGCUGUACUCCUCUGGAAAGACUCUUCCCAAGUGGGGGUGGGAGCAGGUAGAAGUGACCUGCAGUCCYUACUUGAAGGAAACUCCAAGCUCUCAGUGGAACAUCGAGGAUCAUAUUAAUCCCAAACUGCCCAACAUCAGUCUUUCUGUAUUGAAGCCCAGUUUUCUGGAAACCUUACUGGAGUCCCACAUAGUAAUGAUUAGAGGAAAUAGUGGCUUGAAACCCAAAGACAACGAAAUGAACUCCAAACCUUGGCACUGGCCGAUCAACUACCAGGGAUUGAGAUUUUCAGGCGUUAACGAGACAGAGUAUCGUGUUUACCUGCUGGGAAACCCUGUGGUUUGGUGGAUAAAUCUGGCCAGUUUAGGCUUGUAUCUCAUCAUGGUAGCAGUGGCAUCUGUAGCCAUUCAAAGAGGAUUCCCUCUGGCCCAACGAAGAAUUGAGCAUUCACGUGUGCUAAAGGGAGGAGGAGGACUGCUGCUCCUCGGCUGGCUGCUGCACUACGCCCCCUUCUUUACCAUGGGCCGAGUUCUUUACUAUCAUCACUACUUUCCUGCAAUGCUCUUCAGCACCAUGCUAACAGGAAUUACACUGGACAUCUUAUUAAGAAGUUCUGAUCUGCUUCUCCACCCCCCUUAUUGUGAUUGGCUGCAGAAAUGUGGGUUGAUGGUCCUCCUGAUCAGUGUUCUGUACAGUUUCUACCUGUUCCAUCCACUCUCAUACGGCAUGACGGGUCCUUUAGCACAUGAAGCAGGGAGCACCAUGUUUGGCCUGAAGUGGAUGGACUCCUGGGAGUUCUAGUCCUUCCCCACAGCAUCAUAACACUAAUGUUUUGUUGUACAUCUGCUGUUCUGGAACUGGGUUUUAGAUUUUAAGUGUUUACAUAGAAGUACCGUAGGUUGUUUUUUUUUACAGUGCAGGAUGAAUCUCUGUCUGAGUAUUUGUGUUACACUAUUUGAUACUAUAAGCUAGCAUGGAUGAUAAUGCUUUAAAAGAAAAAUUUUAAUGAAAAUGUGCACAACAGUAUUGUGUGAAAAAGGAGAUCCUCCAAGAUCUAAUCCUAGCCCAAAUGCCUUAAGUCACAAUACAUCUUAUUUUUAAAAAUCGAAAAGUGCCUGAAGUGAACAAAAGCUCGAAAAAUUCAAAUGUUGCAUAUUUUUAAUAUUGCAUAUGGCAAUAAAUGCAUAUUUUUGUCAGUUUAAAAUUACUAAUGUUACAAGAUAUCUGAGUGUUUUUUUUUUUAUUUGUGAAUGUAUAGAUCUUGGUGACAGUAAUUUGGCAUAUUAGUGCUGUUGAGUACAACUACUGAUUCAAUGUUUACGUUUUAGAGUGAAUAAUAAAAAGUGAUAUUCUUGUA